GUCCUUUGAACGCUUUUGGUAAUGAUAAUCGUCAAUGGAUAAAUCAGGUAGUGUGCAUGACAUCGCCAAUGAAUUCCGAUAAACACUACUUCUUGGGCGUGGACAGGUGAAAAAUCAAAAUGUAUAUUCUUCGCUGAUUUCUGACGAGUGUUUACUUGGAUAAUUUAAAAGAAAUGGCGCUUGAAGAGCGUCAGAAACUGUUCGUCAUAAUAACACUCAUUCUGACCGUAGUGGGUCUUGGAUUAAUGGUGGGGUCUUUUGCCACAGACAACUGGAUCAAAGCCACGGGGAAUAAAAACACGACAUCAAACUACAACGCUUCCAAUGUGCCGAGUAUGAGUGGUACCUUUGGUCUUUUUCGUGGUAGUCGAACUAUUAACUAUGGAAAUGGACCGAGGAAACAUAACAUAACGGUUGUCUGUGAUAGUGAGUAUUGCAUUCUUUACAAUGCAAAAGAAGGAGAAAAAGGAUCACGAGAAAAGCUUAAAGAGAUGGUCAAUCUCUACACACGUAAUCAAACAGCAGGAGAUACGGAGAUGUACCAGUAUGGGUUAUUUCCCUUCAGCCUGUGGGUUGUGGUCUUAGUCAUGUCAGCUCUUGGAAUGAUCUGGGGUUUGGUGUACAUUGGAUUUGCUACAUUCAACAUUUGCGGGAAACCCAUUGAGACCAUCACUGGGCCAUUUGGUCUAUUUAUAUGGAAAGGACUAGCAUUGUUGUUUUCCCUGCUGGCUGUUGUGGUGUACUUGGUCCUAUACUUCCAGCACUACAAAAAGAGUGUGUUACCAAGGGACGACCAACAACAGGGCUUCGUCAGCCACGCUGACCUAGAUUUCUCCUUCUACAUGCUGAUGGUGUCCGUCAUUCUCUUCUUUCUAAACUUGAUAUUUUUGUGCUUAUCUGGACUCAAAUUCUCAUGUGGAUUCACCAGAGAGGCAGAGAAAGUGAUGGACAAUGGCAUUAUUCUGUAUUGAUUUUGACAGUGUUCUGCAUAUCACUAAUGAUUGUAUAGAUCGAUGUAUUAUUCGCAAAUCAAAUUCCAAGCAUUUUUCUAAAGUAAUUAUAAUUUAUUAAUCUGAAAAAUUCAGCAAUGGCAACUGACAGGUCUGGAGAACCCCCACAGUGUGUGUUUGUGGUGGGUGGGGUUGGGAGGAUAUCCCUCUAUAGGUUCAGUACAAGAUAUACUAUAGAAAACAGAGGUGAAUGUAACUUAUGGUUGUACCCCACUUUUUUGUUUGUCAAAGGAAUUUCUGUUGGGUUGUGACCCCUCUUCUCCCUCCCCCAACUGAAAUUGCUUCCUGUAGGCCUAAAUGACAUGCCCUUUUAUUCAUUGCAUAUUUACUUGUAACAACUGAUUGAUUUUUGUACUGUCUGUGUCAGUUUGUAUUUACAGGUUCUUGCCAGGCUGCAAUUUUGCAGUAUACCCCAUUUGAAAUUCUAUCAUGGAAAUACUGUUACAGAUUGUUAAACUCAUGUCAUUUUCAUAGUGCAUGUAUCCAUAUCAGAAAAAAAGUUAAGUAACAAUGCCCCCUUGUUUAAUGGGAUACAUUCAAGGUGCUUUAUUGUGUCAUACUCUUGCCCUGUUUUUGAAAUUGUCAUGUGUAUGAUGCUUAAUGAUCAUUUGCAAAAUAUAAUGAGCUACCUGCUUUGCAGAGCAAUAUGAAGCAGAAGAGAAUGAAAACAAAAAUUCAAUAUUUUGUAAUUACAUAUUGUUGAUCAUUAUAGUAGGUCUAAAAAUUUUUGAUAUGGUUAAUGAAGGUUGUUGAAUUCCUUUUCGUGAGUUACAUGUAUAAUGUAUUAUCCUAGAUGGAAAGGAAAUUUCAAGAAACUGAAAGGCUUAACAUGAUAAAAUUGUGAAGAAAAAAAAUUACCAUUAUACUUUAAGAACUUUGCAGGUACAUUGUAGAGAACAAAAAUUUUGAUUACAGUGUAUUUUUUAUACUCCUUUUCCAAAUAACAUUGAUUGCAAUAUUGUUUCAAUGUAUCAAAAGUAGGAAUACUAACUUUAGAAUGAAAAUGAUGAGUUAGUAUUGACCAUUGGUACAUAUCACGUUUUCAGACUCUGUAUUCAGAAUUAUAUUGUAUUGCCAGACUAUAGCUUUAAUUAAUCUCUACAACUUUUUAUUGUAGAUUAGUCACAGGCAGGUGCUGUAGGUGCUUAUUGAUUUUGUUCUUUGUAGAAAAAUCAAUGUUUAAUUAAGUUUUUUGCUUUGUUGUCCUCUGAUUUAUGAAAUAAUUAUGUUAUUUUCAUGAAUUUUGCCCAUUUUUUGUAUUCAUGAUUUUUAUUUUUGAUUGAUGAUGAAUUUUUAAUGACAUAUUUAAGGACUGUUAGAAUUUAGUUGUUUGGAAAAUAGUUCUUAUGAUUUAUCAUUUUUAUCCAUUUUUAACUAGUCAACUAAUUAGUACCAAAAAUGAUUUACAUUUUUAUUAUAUAUAGAAUAUUAGUUAUUAUUAUUAAUGCUGUUAAAUCAGAGGAAUGAUUGAAAUCCAUGGGGGAGGGCCAUUGAGAUGUUUCAAGACAUAUUUACAUGUAUUUUAUAUAAUAUCCAUUGCUUGGAGUAAGUUGGGUUAUUGAUUAUAUUAAUUAAAAUCAAUUCAUCAUAACAUUGUCUCAAAACUUUUUUUCGUUCAUAAAAAAUAAAAUUGUUGUGUUAAUUCAAAAUCAAACACUUAAUAUUUUUGAUUAACCGUUUAUGAUUGUUAUUUUUACAGUAAAAGAUACAAUAUCUAUAUAA